CAUGUCCCAUAAUUGCACUGCUAUUUGUUGAAUUUAAUGGGAUUUGGACGGUUUUUAUUGUGGACAAGACGCUGACAAUGAAAGACCACAAGUGGCAAGAAAUUCCCAUACUUCUGAACGAAUGCAGCAUCGACUCGCCGUCCUUCCGGGCAUCCGUUCAAUUCCUCAGUUCACAGGCAAUUAAUCUCCAGAGCUGGCUAGACGAGUAUCUGUCGCUUCUCACAACCUGUGUUGAUACGGUUCGAGGUUUGGAAAAAAUAGUUUCUACCAUAUCCUCGCAUCAUGUUUCGGAGGUCCCGUCUUUCUCGUUGUUCGACUCAGACUACACGUCUCUGGCCAUUUUUACGACACAGGAGAUGCUCCGUUCAACUUACUUGGUGGAUUUAGAGCAGGCAAAACACUUGGAAUUGUACAUUAUUUCGCCUCUUGAACUUUUUCGCGAUGAUAAGCUGGUUCCUUUAAUUCAAUUGAUUAAUAAAUUCCGCGAAAUGCAGGAGACCUACGACUCGGCCAUUUUCCGGUAUGCCGCACAAACGAAGAAAAAGAGCAACGAACGCAAUUCGACCGAAAGCCAGCAAUUGAGGGAAGCACGCAGCAAUUAUUUUAAUGUUGCCGCCCAAUGUAGCGAUGCAUUGACAGACUUUCGCACACUACUCGAUACUGUAAUCAUUGACAGUAUGUGCAAGUUCUGUAGCGAAACGUAUAAAUCAGCAGAAGUGUUGCACUCUUCUAAUGAUAGCAAAAUACCAUUGGUCAAAAAAAUGCUCUCCUACAACCAGCGCCUUCGCGAUGCUUACCCUAACUUUCGCGAAGUUAUGCUGAAGAUGCAGCUUCACUUUGAAGAAGAAAUCAUGGAACGGUUACGCACGUCUUCGCGAUAUGACCCGACCUUUGUCAACCAUGAGUACCUCAAAAACAUUACUGCUUCCCAUAAACAAGGUUGGCUGCUGUGGAAUACUAGUGCCAGCCGUUCCGGCGCAAAGUCGAACUGGGUGCGCUUCUGGUUCUAUGUGUCGGAAGGGAUGUUUGGUUACUUGAUUAAUGAUGCCAAUGGCGGUGUCUACGAGAGCGAACGCUAUGGUGUGCUCUAUUGUAAAGUGGCACCUGUCAAUUCAGGCAGACGGUUUUGCUUCACAGUGAAAUCUCGUGGCGCAACCUUUCUAUUGCAGGCUGAAACCCAGACGGAAAUGCUGGAAUGGAUAUGUGUGUUUCGCAAUUCCUAUGACUACUAUUUACGCCAUCGGAAAUUACUGGACGAAUCCAUACAUAAUGGCUCUACUCGUUUCAUGAUCAAAUCUCAGCUGCUUUAUUCGCAAAGUCUCGGAUCCAAGUUUGCCAAUACUGGUACCAGUAGUCGGAGGGAUUCACGCGUGUUCCCCAACGUCCCCGGAAGGAUACUGUGUGGACCAGCCAACUAUGAGUUAUCAAACAUUGUGCGUCUACGCAGCAAUUCUGUUGGACGAAAUUCAUUUCUGUCCGGCAGCCUGGAAACUCGUGGUCCUCAGCGUUCAUUGUCAUUUUCGCACAUUCGACGCUCUGAUCUUUUGGCGCCCGACACCUUUGGAACGACGCCAUUGGUGACUAAGCUUACCUCAAAGGUCCUUACUUAUCUCCUAGAGCCAGGUGUAGCAAUUGAGUCUCGAAUACCGUCAGCUGUGCUUGCUAAUAUUUGGGGUUCUACGAAAUAUGGCUUUGUUCAUGUGCCACAAACUGUUCCUCCUGUAGUUCAAAGACUUACUGUGCUUGAUGGAAAGGCAAUGAAAGAAGUCGAUAGCUUGCUCACUCCUGAACUAAAGUUACGGAAUGCAGAAUUUCGAGCGCUAUACUGUGAUGUGAAUGCUCCAAUCGUGUUAUUUGUUUGUCGUAUUUGCAGCAAGCGGGAUGACAAAACCAGGCUUCCCGGAAGAAUGUACUGUACCAUGCAAGGUAUAUAUGUAUAUUAUUACUAUGCAGGCCUGGUCACAACAGAGUUUUUUCCUGUUCAGGACAUUGUGAGUGUGAAGACUUUUCCCGGACAGAGUUGUGAUUAUUUCUACUUAAAGGUUCACGAUGUUGGAACACUUCGAUUCAGCACCUACAUAGACUCAGCACAGUUGCUGACGGAACGUGUGAACCUUCUACUGCAGAAUUAUAUUUCUGACAAUCCAACGAAUAUCCAAGGGCUUUUACGCAAACUAAAAACGCUGAGUUUGAUACAACGUCCAACACUACCUGUUGCACCGAAACAGAUAUCACUUCAUACUCAACAACCCUCCCCCAAUAGUCCUCUUGUACCUCACCACCUGCAAAGAAGUGAUACUCUGUGUACGAUUUCGGACUUUUACAAGUCUCCUGUUCCACAAGGUACUGUCGACGUUUCACGAAGUAGCCAUCUUUCUGAAAUCGUACUUGAAAACACAUACGAUGUUAGCGCAAAGGCUUUGUUUCAUAUAAUGUUUGGUGAUCAAAGUUCGUUAAUGCAGAAACUGUAUGGAACAUUCAAUGUCCACGACAUGGAAUUCAUGCCCUGGGUGGUUGACCCAAAAACGAAAGGAAUGGAAAGAAAGAUCACGUUUAAACUCUUUCAUUUCGAUGCCCAUGGGGGAUGUCACACAGAGCAUUUUGAAGACUUCCAAAACAUUGAAGAGCGACGUGAGCAGCAAUUGUACUUGGUGGUCUGGCACCAUAGGUCAUGGACGCUACCAUUCCACGAUCAAUUCCUAAUGCGUAUAAAAACUUCAAUUAAUCACUAUCGCAAGAAUAGUUGCAAACUAAUUAUUUCCGCUGACGUGGAGUGGAAGCACCGACCGUUUGCUCUUUGGAAGGUUAUAGAAUCGGCGGCGCGCGAUAUAUCGCUAGGCUAUACCUCGGCUGCUCUUGAGCUUGUGAAUGAAGAAGUGGAAAAGGCGAAGCAAAUGCCUUUAACAAUGAUUGUGCGCACAUUCGGGCGGGUAGGCGAAUAUCGAGAUUCGCAAACAGUCCAGCGAAAUGAGGAGAACCCUUUUAGUGUAUGUGUUCAUGGUUCGGCCGAACUCAUCAUGUCAAAUUUUGUAAUGUUUUUGGACGGUUUUAUGAUGGACUUGAUGCAGCUUCCAGUAACGGGUUUUAAACGGUUACUUAAUUAUGUUUUCUCGCAUGCAUUUGUGCUGACAAUACUCUCGUUGUCUCUACUAAUAAAUCAGCUGUUCUUCUUAAGACUUGGUUCGCAGUACUGGGAGCAUAAAAGAGAGCUUCGUACGAAGACGAUGCUGAAGAACUUUUAUAACAAGGACAUUCGAUCCGUUGACUACGUUUACUUGAAGGAUAUAGACGAUUUGAUUCUGCCGUCGGCGCACAACCAGAGCGCAUUCGUAUCAUCCCAACCUCAAAAAAUGUUUUGUUCUGUUUCUAGCAUUCCCAAGGAGCAAUAUACGAUUCAACGUCGGGAAAUCGCUAGGGUAAGACGCGAUCUGCUUUACAAGCUGAUUAUGCUUAACUACAAAGAGUAUGUAUUAUAUGAGUCUGCAUUGGAGGACUUCUUGGUGGAUGAACUUAAUUCAUGUCAAGAUACAAUUGAUUCAGGGCUCGCGACUCCUGAUAUUGUGCAGUAUUGUGCAGCUUGUUUCCAAGAAUGGUCAGAAAAAACAAUACUUUUCGGCAGAAACUCUAGGAUUCAAGAAAUCUUCUCAUCAUUCAACCGCACGGACUCGUGCACAUGAUACCUCAUCUUGACUUCUGUAUAAUAAAUCAAAACAUCAGGAGACCUCCUUUCGGUAAAACUGAAUUUCUGUUUCUUUCCAACGACCCAUAAAUCUGUAAACAGACUGAAAGGAAUAAUUCAAUGACAACUCGUCAUUUUUUGUGUAACUUUUAAAUAAAAUUGAAUGGGUUAAAUGAGAUGGAACGGGGAUUGAGG